AUGGUCCACUUCUUGCACCUAGCGCUGUCGCCACGGACCCUCGUCCUGCCCGACGGCCGGGAGGAUGCGCCGGGCCGCUGCGUGGUGCAGGAGGAGGCAUCACCCUACUCUUUGGUCAAGAUCUGCCUGAAUGUCUUGAUUGCUAACUUGGACAAAUGGUGUUCCAGAAGACCUGAUGGAACACUGUGCCUUCCAGAGCACUGGAGCCUCCCUCAGGAACUAGCUGAUAGAUUCCUUAGGAUGAUGGCUUUGCAAGGCAAGCUGACUGACAGGACGGCAAGCGUUUUCCAAGGCCAGGAGAUGAACCUGAAGAUGAUCAGUAUCCAGAGAGCCGAGAUCUCGGCAGCUGCCUUCAUGAAAGCUUUCUGCCAUCACAAGCUCCUUGAAGUGGACGCCACCGCAGUGCAUUCUGGACUUCCAGCCCCUGACAUCGUGCAUGCCCUCUGCAGCAGUACUUGGAUCCAGCACAACCUUCGGUGUCUCCUGCUAGACUCAACGACUGUCCCUCAGGAUUGUAGACUGCUGGCCCCUGGUCAGCUCAUUGGCCUUCGCGCUUUAAGUGUUUUCAACGUUUCCUUUUUCACUGAAGACCUGGUCAUUGUUUCUCAGUUACCAAACCUGGACAGCUUGGAUAUCUCCAAUACUCUGGUCACAGACAUCUCUGCACUCUUUGCCUGUAAGGAACGACUUAGAUUUCUCGCAAUGCACCAUCUGAAGUGCCUGACCAUGACCAACAUGCAAGUUCUCAGUGUCAUUAGAGAACUGAAGUAUCUGUGUUACCUGGAUAUUUCUGAUCACAGACAGCUCAGAUCAGACCUGGCUUUUCAUUUGCUCCAGGAGAAGGAGAUCCUGCCUAAUGUUGUGUCCCUGGAUGUUUCUGGAGGCAAUUGUAUCACUGAUGCAGUUGUGGAAGCAUUCAUACAACAGCGGCCCAAGAUGCAGUUCGUGGGACUCCUGGCUACAGAUGCUGGUUACUCUGAUUUCUUUACAGCAAAGCAAGGCUUGAGGGUUGCUGGAGGCGCCAACAUGAGUCAGAUUUCCGAAGCACUGAACCGGUACAGGAACAGGUCAUGUUUUGUGAAGGAAGCUCUCUACAGGCUCUUCAAAGGGACAUUUUCACUACAGGUCACCCUGCCUGCCAUUUUAAAGCUUGUGACUAUAGGAAUGAGGAAUCACCCAUUGGAAUUUCCAGUGCAGUUUCUAGCUGGCGCUUGUACCCUCAACCUAACCUGCCAGGGUCUGGCCAGGGGAAUGCCUGUUCGUCUGUUGUCAGCGGUCACCUGUCUACUUUUCAAGGCCAUGAAAAAUUUCCCUGAUUGCCAAGAGUUACAGAAGAAUUGCCUUAUUUCUCUAGCCAAUUCCAGGAUUCUUGGGGAUGUUCCAUUCGACAGGUUUGAUGCUGCAAAGAUUGUUCUGAAGUGGGUAUGUAAGCAUGAGAGCCCCAACAUGCAAACCGUGGCAGUGAGCAUCACCUCCAUCCUGGCCCUGCAGCUCUUACCUGAGCAGAUUCUGCAGCUUCAAGAAGAACUGGUCAUGGGAAUUAAGGAACUUCUAACAUUAGUAAGACGAAAGACUAACGAGAGGUUAAACGACGUUACCCUCUUGUUUGCUCUGAAAGCACUUUGGAACCUUUCAGACAUGUCUCCAAUGGUCUGCAAGCAGCUGGUUGAAAAUGAAGGAUUGGCAAUCUUCAUCCAAGUCUUAGAGACUUUUUCAGAGUCUAUGAUACAAAGCAAAGUACUUGGUCUUUUGAACAACAUAGCUGAAGUCAGAGAGCUCUCUCCCCAGCUGGUGACAGAAGAUUUGAUGAAACAUAUCCUCACUUUGCUCCACAGCAGCAACAUAGAAGUGAGCUAUUUUGCCGCAGGUGUCAUAGCCUACCUGACAUGGAACAGACAGAACGGGCUGUUCUGUGAAUGGCAGAGGAACACUCUUCUCCAGCACUUGCAUGUAGCCAUCCGGAAUUGGCCAAGUUCAAGUUGUAAGAUGUCAGCGUUGGUGACCUACAGGUCUCUCCAGCCCUUCUUUGUUUUUCUUUUAGCCAGCAAAUACUGCAAAAUGUUGGUGGAAGAGGGCGGACUGCAGCUCCUGUGUGACAUCCAGGCAUGUGGUCAGGCCAGUGCACGGGUGCAGCAACUGUCCGCUUCCAUCCUGGAGGACUUCCGGAUGCACUUCCUGACUUACCUGAGACCACACCAGGCCAGACGCCCUUCUUAACCCAGGGGCGCUGCUCAAGGACAGGGUUUGUCCCAUGGGUAGCUGAAUGUCGAAUUGGGUUGUUGGCGUUGGCCUGUUGUCUGCCUGUUGGUCCUUUUUCUUGUUUCUUUUUUCCUGUUCACCCAGCAGAUAGAAGACUUCAGAGAGACUUUGGUGCUUAGGUCACAUUUCCUCAGUUGCUCCAGGUUACGUGGUGCUGGAAAGAAGAGCACGAAGAGAACAGGGUGGAAGCGCACACCUGAGGGCCGUUAGGGGAAGGGCUCUGCUCAUGGGGAGCAACUACUGAUGUUUUUGUUGUUUUGUAACAGAACACUUAAAAAAUGUAUGUGUACGACUGUCUUUUGCCUGCAUUAUAUGUAAGUGCACCUGUGCAUGCAGUGUCCGAGGACAGAAGUGGAUGUUGGAUCCCCUGGA